AGCGCCAUGGCCAGAACCAAGCAAACAGCACGUAAGUCCACCGGCGGGAAAGCUCCCCGCAAGCAGCUGGCCACUAAGGCCGCCAGGAAGAGCGCCCCCGCCACUGGCGGAGUCAAGAAGCCUCACCGCUACCGGCCCGGGACCGUCGCUCUCCGGGAGAUCCGGCGCUACCAGAAGUCCACCGAGCUGCUCAUCAGGAAGCUGCCCUUCCAGCGCCUGGUCAGAGAGAUCGCCCAGGACUUCAAGACCGACCUUCGCUUCCAGAGCUCGGCCGUCAUGGCCCUGCAGGAGGCCAGCGAGGCUUACCUGGUCGGGCUCUUCGAGGACACCAACCUCUGCGCCAUCCACGCCAAGCGGGUCACCAUCAUGCCCAAGGAUAUCCAGCUGGCCCGCAGGAUCCGUGGGGAGAGGGCUUAGAUCUGCGCCCCGCACCCAACAAAGGCUCUUCUCAGAGCCACCACCUCCUCCUCAGACGAGCUCCACUCCGCCCUUCACCUCUGCUCACAGGAGGCGGGUUA